UUAUCCACAGACGAUUUUCGCUGCUUAAUAAACAACGGAUUUACAUUCUACGUUGGUAGAGUGUGGAGGAGCACAAGAAAUCACACGAACUUUUACGAUAUGAAGGGCAUGCAGAGUAUGAAGAAUGCUUAUGAAGCUGGUUUUAAAGUCUACGCCUAUAUUUCUCCUUGUUUGGCUAAAAGAUGUGCGCUUCCGCAAAAUCAG